GUGCUCUCUGGCUGCGCGCAGCGCUAGUGUGCCGCUUAUAAAAAGGCUGCUAGCGCCGUUUGGUUUUCAGUUCUUCUCUUUCGUUCAUUGCAACAGCAACAGCAAAAGCAAAACCAAAAUCACAUUGACGGCAAGUCCACACAGACACAGUUCGUUCAGUUCGUUAAGUUUUGUGCGCAACGCGAUGUUUAUGUGAAGCAACAGCCAGCAGAACAGAAACAGUUGAGAAAUUCGACUGUGACAAUAAUCAAAGAUAAAAUAGCAAGAAAUAAAACAAAAAACAGUUACAAAAUGCAUACCGUCGAGCAUAUGCUAGUGGAAAAGAACUACAGCAAGUGUCCUUUAAAGAAGCGUCCGGUCAACUAUCAGUUCGAAGCCGAGCCCGAGGAUUUGUGCCUGAAAAAGAACAGCAGCAGCAACAGCGAUGUCUGUUCGCCAAUACCAACAGCGACAGCUGCAGCAACAACAACAACAACAAUUGAGCACUCAGCGACAUCAGCCGCCUCCAGCGGCUUAGAGGACGAGCUCAUCAAUGUGAGCGACUGCUGUGAGGACGAAGGCGUCGAUGUGGAUCACACAGACGAUGAGGCCGAGCAGAUGGAUGUGGAGCACGAGGAUGACGACGAUGUCGAUUGUGUUAAUGUCGAGAGUGAUCCCAAUCAGACACAGGCCGCUGCCCUGGCCGCUGCAGCCGCUGUUGCAGCUGCCUCGGCGGCUGCGGUAGCCGCAUCCGUGGUGGUGCCCACACCCACCUAUCCCAAGUAUGGCAUACCGCCAUGGAAUUUUCACAUGUCGUCCUACACAGCCGAAUUCUAUCGCACCAUCAAUCAGCCGCAUCUGUCGGCCGCGGCGGCUGCUGCGGCGCCACUGCGUGGCGAGCUGCUCUCGCCCAGCUCCCCAUCCGAUUCGUUGGGCUCCCUGUCGCCACCGCCCCAUCACUAUCUGCACGGACGCGCCAGCUCUGUGUCGCCGCCGAUGCGCUCCGAGAUGAUCCACAGACCGCAGCUGGGCGUGCGCCAGCAUCAAACGUUUCUGCCCUAUCCGACUUAUCCGGCUGCCGCCUAUACUGCUCUAGGCUAUCCGCAUCAUCAGCCGCUGCAUCCGCAGCAUCAUGCGCCCAUUUCGCCAGCCUACUCCGAGAGCUCCUACUACUCGAUGCGCAGCCUGACGCCCGAGUCGAGUUGCUGUUCGGUGCCCGAGGAUCUCUCCCUGAAGCACAAACAGACGAGCGCUGCGGCGCUGCUCGGUGAUGUGGCCAGCGGCAAACAGCACAACAGCUCCGUCUCCUCGGUAGCCACAGUGUCCUCCUCCUCCUCCGCGUCAGUUUCGUCGGCCUCCUCGGCCGCCUCGGUCUCGUCCUCGCCCAGCAAAAAGGACAAGUCGGCGCCGCCACGCUAUCAAUGCCCCGACUGCCAGAAAUCCUACUCGACCUUCUCGGGCCUCACCAAGCAUCAGCAAUUCCAUUGCCCAGCCGCCGAGGGCAACCAGGUGAAGAAGUCCUUCAGCUGCAAGGACUGCGACAAGACGUACGUCUCGCUGGGCGCCCUCAAGAUGCACAUCCGCACCCACACGCUGCCCUGCAAGUGCAACAUGUGCGGCAAGGCCUUCUCCCGGCCCUGGCUGCUGCAGGGCCAUAUUCGCACCCACACGGGCGAGAAGCCCUUCAGCUGCCAGCAUUGCCAUCGCGCCUUUGCGGAUCGCUCCAAUCUGCGAGCGCAUCUCCAGACGCACUCGGACAUCAAGAAAUAUUCGUGUGGCAAUUGCUCGAAGACAUUUUCGCGGAUGUCGCUGCUGACGAAGCACAAUGAGGGCGGUUGCCCGGGCGGCAGUGGUUCCGGAUCCACCGGAUCCAGUUCCGGCGCUGGCUCCAACUCUGAGCUAUCCUAUGGAGGCUAUGCCGAGCCCUAGGCUCCGCACAGCAUCCAAUGCGUCGUAUUACACAACGACGUUCACAAGCCAUGUUCCACCAAAAAUUAGUUCCUAGCUCGAGAGUAAGCGCAACCCGGCAGCUCCAUACAAAAAAAAAAAUAUCCAAGACACGCACACAACCAGAAACACACACACACACAUCCAGUGAAACGUAAAAAUUGUAUUUUUAUUUUAUUUUAUUUUUUAUUUUCUAGUCAACAUUUUCUUUGCAAGAGAAAAUUAA